AUGGAAACAGGCAAACCUCCAUGUUCAAUCACAAAACUCUACACCUGCAUUCCUCUUCUCCUCCUUCACUUCUUCCCCCACGGUAAAUGCACCAUCUACAUCCUUCUUUCCACGGUCCUGGGAGAAAUCUGGCAACCACUCGACGUCUCUUUGAAUGUUUUCAGGACGGGGGAGGACUGGGGGGAGGACUGGGGGGAGGACUGGGGGGAGGACUGGUCAGUGGGCGUUUGUGACUGA